UAUCCACUACUCGCAUUGCCCAUUCAUCGUGUCCAACAGUCUGCCGUGUGCACUUUGUGACAUCGGCCUUGUGCUAGAAACUUGCCAGAAGACGUCGCGUUACCAUAAUUUGAUAACUCGUCUCUCGAGGACUCUUUUAAUGUUUAUAUCUUAUGUCAGUGCCGUGAAUAUUUUUAUUAAAAGACUUUAAUUUAAGCCACAUCAUGAAUGCAACACAGAUAACAUAUAGGCCGAUAAGCCUGAAACUCAAAGUUAUGCACGUAGUGAGAUUAACUGUCGCAGCCAUAGCGAGGUUGUUCUUCAGAUUAUAUUACGGAAAGAAAGGAGAAAGAGUUCCCCCUAUUACCGAUGACAUAUUGAAGGUACCAGCUAUUGAAGUAGCAAAGAAAAUACGCAACAAAGAGAUUACAAGUGUCGAGGUACUACAAGCAUGUAUUACACGAAUAAAAAAUGUCAACUCGAUCCUCAACUGUUUUGUCGAAGACCGGUUCGAGCUGGCUAUGAAGGAAGCCAGAGAGGCCGAUGAACUCAUACGCAGUGGGACUAAGACUAGCGAACAAUUGGCCAGUGAAAAACCGUUCCUCGGUGUGCCAUUUACGACCAAAGACAGCAUCAGUGUGAAAGGUCUCCACCAAACGGCUGGUGUUGUGUUACGUAAGGAUUUUAUAGCUGAAGAGGAUGCUAAGUGCAUAAGUCUUUUAAAGGAAAAGGGAGCUAUAAUAAUAGGGCUCACUAAUGUACCUGAACUUUGUAUGUGGUGGGAGACGCACAAUCACAUAUUUGGACGAACUAAUAAUCCGUAUAAUACCACUAGAAUUGUCGGUGGGUCUUCGGGCGGCGAAGCUUGCUUGCAAGCGGUCGGUGGUAGCUGUUUUGGUAUUGGUUCCGACAUAGGUGGAUCAAUCCGAAUGCCAGCAUAUUUUAAUGGUAUAUUUGGACACAAAUCUUCUAAAUUUGUAGUAUCCAAUGAUGGACAGUAUCCUGAUACAGAAUCCGAAUUACAUGAUUCUUUCCUAAGUAUUGGCCCCAUGACAAGAUUUGCAGUAGAUUUAAAACCUAUAUUGAAAAUACUAUCAGGUGAAAAUGCAAGUAAAUUAAAUUUGGAUGAGCCAGUUGACAUUCGGAAAAUAAAAUUCUUCUAUCAAAUUUCUAAUGAUGCACCAAUCGUGGAUCCUGUUGACGUAGAUAUAAUAACUGCAAUGAAAAAAGUUGUAGAAUAUUUGAAGGUGCAACAUCAAAUCAUCGCAGAAGGAAAAAAAAUUAAACAACUUCAAAAAUCCAUUGCUAUAUGGCUAUCAACAAUGAAAUCCGACAAAUUAUUUGGAGAAUUCAUAAUGAAAAAGGACACUGUGGGACUAAUAUUACUUGAAAUGGUGAAGAACCUCUUUGGCCUUUCUGGUAAUACUUUCGUCGGGCUUGUUGUUUCAUUGAUUGAUCACGGUGGAAUAUCAGUUGGUGACGAAAGACAUCACCAUUUCUUAAAAUCGCGAGAGAAUUUAGAAAAAACUUUUAUAGACAUGCUUGGAGACAAUGGAGUGUUUUUGUAUCCAACUCAUCCGACUCCAGCUCCCUACCACAAUGAACCAAUAGUUAAACUAUAUAAUUUUAGUUAUACUGCAAUUAUAAACUCUCUUGGUUUACCUGCUACGACUAUACCUUUAGGACUUAGUAAGGAAGGACUUCCAAUAGGAUUGCAAGUAGUAGCAAAUCACAAUCAAGACAGAUUAUGCUUAGCAGUUGCAGAAGAGCUAGAAAAAGCUUUCGGAGGAUGGAUUGAACCACAAAAAGCAUAAUAGUCAAUAAAAUCAUAAAAGGUUUGAGUGUCGUAAUGCUGUGUACACUAGCUUAUGUUGGUAACUAUGCGCGUUCUUGUAAUAACUAAUUUUAGCGACAUUCAUACAAUCUCCCAACCACGUUUCUACUAGCUUUGGGUUUGGGAUUAUUAAAAUACUUGUCAAAUUAUAUGUCCUUGCUUUAUAAUUCCUAGAUUUCGUGAUUAGUGAGCUAAUAAUGGUGUAUUUACCUGCAAGUUAUUACAGAAAAUGAGUUCAAUGAUCAGUAUGUAACAAAAUCGGUCUGUAGCUUAUAGAUAAAAGUAAAUAACUAUUUACGAGUAAUUAACAUCGAUUUGAACCACUGAAAUCGUAUAACAUUUGAACGAGUUAACGGAAAAAACAAGUGGCAAUUUAUAAAUAUACGAGUUAAAAACGUAUAAACCAUAAAGGAGAAAGUAAAAUUUUAAUGUUAGUAAAUAGUAGAUACCUACCUACUUACUCUAAUUUUAAAAUUAUGCCUACGUCUGAAAUCUGAUUGUGUCAAUUAUGGCAAUUCAUGAGCAAAUUGCAUAAAUGUAAAAUCUACUUAUUAUUCUAAUAUUUUUGAUGGGCUGCUAAUUGUAAUGUUCUUUAUAUAUAAAACCACUGUAACUAUAUACCAUUUUUAUUAUAGUUGCCACAGAUUUACGUAAAGGUGCUAGUUGUCUAAUUUCUGAAAACCAUUAUCACAUAGCGGUGUCUGUGGACCCCAAAGAUAAUGUUUAUUUUUUAUUGUUGUCAAUGUUGUAUGUAUUUCAUUUAAAGAAAUCAUUACAAAAAAUACACAGCCAUAACAGCAAGUACUUACAAAUGUUACGUCAGCGCAAAUUUCGCCAGUUGAAACCAUCACGUUGAAUACAAUCACGUGUUCCAGCUAAAAAUAAAUUAAGUUUAUUUUUGGGUUUUUAGUAACACUGUUCAAUGUUUUUUAUAAAUUUGCAAUUGCUUUUAAACUAUAUAAGGUAUGUGGUGGCAAUAAAGAAGUCAUUAUUUUGCAUACUGUCAAAUAGCCUAGAGAUUGAUAGGAAAGAUAUCUAACGAGGUACGUAAGAAAUAUAUAUAUUUUGUUCUGUAACUAGCUGAUGAUACUAUACACUGAAUAUUAAGAGAUUUUAAAUUUACUAAUUUCGUUUGAUUUUAUUAUAGUCAAUAAACGAAAACAAACUUUAAUAAAAUUAUACUUGAUGUAAGUAUCUAACCACCUUCCGGGGACACCAUUAUACCUACAAGUUAUUUUGUAUUUAUAUUUAUAUGAAGAGAUUUAUACAUAAUAUUGUACUUUUGAUUAUUUUGAAUACACAUUUUGUAAGUAAA